GUCGUAGGACUAUGCUAGACUAUGAAAUACUGUUUACUGCACACGAAUCCCCUGUUUACGGAUCCUAUCCUGGAAACAGAUCUCAACCUGAACCUGGAGAUAGGGUUGGAGCUCAAGCUGAAGCUGGAGAUGAAUAUCUUGUAAAACCCGAUCUACCAUCCUGGGUCUUUGUAAUCUGUUCUGUGUACCUGAGCGUUCUGUUCUUCUGCAGUGUUACUCUUAACUUAUCAGUUAUUGUACUGUACUGCAAAAAAAAACAG